AUGGGUAGGCAAAACCACUCAUUGCAGCUUAUCAACAUGGAUGCGCGCCGAAAUCGGUCCUUCGGUGGAUGCGGUACGUGUCGGAACCGCCGUAUGAAGUGUGAUGAGGGGCGACCGACAUGCUCUUUGUGCGAGGCAUCUGGCCUUGCAUGUAGUGGUUACGAGAAAAACAUCUUUUUCGAUUUCGAAAAUAUUCCCAGCUCUGGCAUGUCGCGGUUUCGACGUCCUUUGCUCACAGAAGAGGAACGUGAGUCUAUGAGCGAUGAGUUGGUUUCGAGCAUUCCACCAGCUUUAACUCUCUGGCACAUUGCUCAGAUUGAGGAAGAGUGUGAGAGACUCUCAGCCGCUCAAAGCAUAGAGAUAAGUCGGGGUCCUUUCGGAGUAAUCCGGUUACCUCGGUUGCCAAAUAAGUCUCAUAAGGUCUUGUGCAAAACUAGUGAGGAACCAAGUUUUGCCGAUGGUGCGGUUGCUGCUGGAGAUGUCGAGGGCGCUUAUCAUAGAGAGCCUGAAGCAGUUGAUGAGGAGCUCGAAGUUCAUUCUGAAGGUGUGCCUUUGGAAGAACCGCCAUUACCGGUAGAUCCGAGCCUUCAAACUCUAGACGAGAGGUCAUCCAGUUCCAUGACCGACUUGUGGAAUACGAGUGAAUGGUGGAGCAUGGACGACCUACCUUGCAUGGAUGGUUGGUGGGAUGGGCCGAUAGAUUUGGAUUCAAGCCAACAUAUUCCGGCCGAUAUAUCAUUCACCAUGUUUCAGCAGUCUCCAUCAGGUUUUAUGGACUCCCGUCAUCCAAAUGUCUCAAGUAUCCUUACUGAGGCACAACCCCAGCAGUUGACAACACGGCGAAGCUCAUCCAUACCGCCCACCAUCGACUGUGCCGUUCCUCAUGAUGCAGUCUUUCUCCUCAAGCAUUACUCUACAACAGUACUUCGCUGUUUCACACCGUUCCGCCACAGUAAAACGCCCUGGCAUGUUCUGUUUAUCCCUUACGUUAAAGGCUGCUUGGCCGCUCUCACACUAGGAGAAGAGAUGGACCACGCCAGCUUGACCGUGUUCUUUGGAACCCUUGCAGUUAGUGCGUCCAGCCUUGGCGGCAUUUCCAACUCCAGCAAAUGGUCAGAGCAGGCAAAACAAUACAAACAGCGGGCUUAUCGCCAUGCUCGUUCGAUGCUACAGACAGCUUAUGACGUCCCCAAGACGGCAAAGUACAAGUCCACACUCAUAGCAAUUUUAACCAUGGUUCAGAUCUCGAGCGUUUCCGGCACCAGAGAUCAAGUGGAAUGUUACUUACUCGAGGCGGAAAAGUUCAUUCGUGUCAAGGGUCUUAACCGCAAGAAGUCGCGCAAAGUCCGUCUUCUACAUCAUUGCUAUGCUUUCGAGAGGUUCUUGCAUGAGAGCACAUUUUCUGGUAGUAGCCAGUCCGCACAACGCAAGCAUGUGCGCAAGGAAAUCGAGUCCAGCAACGCCAGCUCCUAUAGCCAGGACAGCUUAUCUUUUCGGUUGGCGGACUGGGUCAAUCUCGACCAAGAGAUGCUCAAGGUCAAAGGUCAGCAAGAAGGGGAAAAUGAUCUACACUUACAGAUACCUGGCAUAUGGGCCCCCACACUUUACCCUGAAAUUUUCGGUAUCCCCGAAAUUCACAUAUUCUUGCUCUCCCUUGUCAUCCGCCUAAGAAGAGCAAAGAACGAAGAAGAAUACUCAGGCAUGACUGGUCUCUCAGACUUCAUGAGCCGCUCCAAAGCUGUUGAAAAGUGUAUCCAUCAACUCAAGCGAACAUUCAACCAUGUAGUAGCAGAUACGCCGGUCAUGGACCGGGACGCGCAACAUUGCCAGCAACUCCUGGAUAAUCUUGCCCAGGCCAUGCGGCUUGCGCUGGCUAUAUACUUUUAUCGAGUAGUUUACGAUGUGGAGGCUGACAUGUUGCAAGAUAAGGUUGCCGGUGUUCGAGACUGCCUGCUUCGGUUUGAAGCGACAGAGUCAGAGAUGGCACACGGUUCUGCUAGGCUUGUGUGGCCUGCUUUCAUAGCUGCUAGUGAGGCUGAGGAUACGGAGAUGCGGCUAUCAUUUAGUAAAUGGUUCAAGGACUGGGAGCGCCGCAGUGGUCUCCGAAUAUUUAGUGACUCGUUGGCUGACGUUGAGAGACGCUGGGAGGUGAAGAGACGGGCGCAAGAGGCAAAUGUGGCUGUUACCGGCGCAGGGUCAGGUAUUGGCCUUGCCACCGCUCAACUUCUGGCCUCGCGAGGCGCCAAGUUAUCUCUUGCCGACAUAAACGAAACGUCAUUGAAAGAAGCUGUCGAUUCUCUGGCAGACUCAAGUAUACACAUGUACGAGGUUGUUGAUGUCAGAAACGGUGAAGCGGUAGACAAGUGGAUUCAAACCACCGUUCAGAAGUUCGGCCGGCUCGAUGGCGCGGUGAACAUGGCUGGAGUCAUCACUCACGCCAGCCCUGUGACAGAACUUUCAGACAAGGACUGGGAUUUCGUCUUCUCUGUAAAUGUAAAAGGUGUUUUCAACUGCCUGCGAGCUCAAUUAAAUGCCAUGACUGCCGGUGCAAGCAUUGUAUCAGCUGCGAGCGUUUUUGGUCAAUUUGGUGCCCCUGGAAACUCCGCAUAUUGCGCAAGUAAAGCAGCUGUCAUCGGAUUAUCAAGGACCGCAGCGAAGGAAAAUCAACAUAUUCGUGUUAACUGCGUCUCACCAGGAUCUGUCAACACACCGUUAUCAAGAGGUGAGAACCCAGAGGACGUGAAGCGUGGCCUACAGGUCACCGUCCAGAAGCGAAGAGCAGAGCCUAUCGAGGUUGCGCGAGUCAUCGCAUUUCUUCUCAGCGACGAAGCAACUUUCGUUACGGGAGCUGUAUAUAAUGUUGAUGGCGGUUGGGUGUGUUAG